AUGUCCACUGUAAAGAGACCCACUCUGAAGGGGCCCACUGUAAAGAGACCCACUGUGAAGGGAACCACUGUAAAAAGGCCCACUGUGAAGUGGCCCACUGUAAAGAGGCCCACUAUAAAGAGGCCCACUGUAAAGAGGCCCAUUGUGAAGAGAUCCACUGUUAAGAGGCCCACUGUAAAGAGGCCCAUUGUGAAGAGGCCCACUGUGAAGAGGCCCAUUGUGAAGAGGCCCACUGUAAAGAGGCCCAUUGUGAAGAGAUCCACUAGGCCCACUGUAAAGAGGCCCAUUGUGAAGAGGCCCACUGUGAAGAGGCCCACUGUAAAGAGGCCCAUUGUGAAGAGAUCCACUGUUAAGAGGCCCACUGUAAAGAGGCCCACUGUAAAGAGGUCCACUGUGAAGAGAUCCACUGUUAACAGGCCCACUGUAAAGAGGUCCACUGUGAAGAGAUCCACUGUGAAGAGAUCCACUGUUAAGAGGCCCACUGUAAAGAGGCCCACUGUGAAGAGAUCCACUGUUAAGAGGCCCACUGUAAAGAGGCCCAUUGUGAAGAGGCCCACUGUGAAGAGGCCCACUGUAAAGAGGUCCACUGUGAAGAGGUCCACUGUUAAGAGGCCCACUGUAAAGAGGUCCACUGUGAAGAGAUCCACUGUUAAGAGGCCCAUUGUGAAGAGGCCCACUGUAAAGAGGCCCACUGUAAAGAGAUCCACUGUGAAGAGAUCCACUGUGAAGUGUCCCACUGUAAAGAGACCCACUGUGAAGAGCAGUGUGACAGUGUCCUAUUCUCACUUUAGAAUUGCACACCUAGAACACAGCUAA